UACUUGUUCUGUUGUUUAUUUACUACUGGCAGACAUGUUCAGUGGUACUUAGCUUUGACGGUGGCCAUAGAGGAUCACUAUUAGUGGAAAACCAGACCCUACAACUUCAUGGAGAACAUUUAUAGCGGGACAGUGGAAGUAUGUAAAGGCAAUUUGUAAAAAAAACAGUAUUCUGUUUGCGAAUUCCCUUUCUGGGUGAUGUAUUGUUUGCACACUAUUACAAUCCCCACCAUUGAACGGUUCUCUGAUGUCAUUCACAGAAAUCCCGAGAGUCAGACAUUGUCUAUAUAGCUGUGAAUUUGAUCACUGGUAGAAGGCAGGUUCAUUUGUUCUGAAACAAUGCAGUUUGGUCUGUAUGUUUUUGUAUUUUUGGGCUUAGUUGGGCUAGCAGACACUGAUGUUGUGCCCACAUGCAGACUCAGAGAAGAAUUUAACUUGUAUGGGCUGUAUAAAGAAGGGGAUAUCAUUUUGGGUGGGAUAUUUGAAAUCCACUUUAUAACAGUGUAUCCUGAACUGUCUUUUACUGCUAAGCCUGAGCAAUUGAGAUGUGAGCGUUUUCACUUUGCAGGAUUUCAGUAUGCACAGAGCAUGGCUUUUGCCAUUGAGGAAAUCAACAGAGACCCUGCUCUUCUCCCUAACAUCACACUGGGAUACAGGCUGUAUGACAACUGUGAGAACCUAGAAGUGGCAAUUCGGGUUUCAACAGCUCUGAUCAGCGGAGAGGAUGAUUCUGUCACUGACUACAGCUGUACAGGGACUCCCCCUGUCUUAGCCAUUGUUGGGGAUUCUGCAUCAACACAUUCUAUCGCCAUAUCAAGAAUGGUGGGCCUCUUCCGGGUCCCAAUGGUCAGUUAUUAUGCCACCUGCUCUUGCCUAAGCAACAGAAAGGAGUUCCCCUCUUUCUUCAGGACUAUUCCUAGUGAUACGUUCCAGGUCAAAGCCAUGGUUCAGAUAUUCAGGCAUUAUGGGUGGACUUGGAUUGGUGUAGUUGUGAGCAAUGAUGACUAUGGGCUGUAUGCUUUGAAGAUCUUUACUGAGGAGGUAAAUAAAUUUGGCUGCAUAGCUUUCUCGGAAAUCCUCCCUCGUAACAACAACACCUCUGAAAUUCUUAAAAUCAUCAGGACCAUCAAAGAGUCAUCGGCCAAAGUUAUUGCUGUGUUUUCUACAGGAGCUUAUCUGAUUCCACUGACAGAAGAAAUUGUUCAGCAAAAAAUCAGAGGCAGGCAGUGGAUUGCUAGUGAAGCCUGGGCUUCCUCCCCUGUCUUCCAUACUAAGGAGUUACUGCCUUAUUUAGGUGGGACUAUAGGAAUCGCAGUUCGCAGAGGAGAAAUCCCAGGGCUGGAACAAUUUCUCCUUCAGAUUCGCCCUGUAUUUGACACCGAAAAUAAUUUAGUUAAUAUGUUCUGGGAAACAAUGUUCGAUUGCAAAUUUCAAGAAAAUACAAACAAUCAGAAUUUGUCAGACGUUUUGAAUAGCAAAAUUUGCACAGGAUCAGAAGACAUUGAAAAAAGCAAAACUGCUUACAGUGAUGUUUCAGAACUGCGGGCUUCCUACAACGUGUAUAAAGCAGUGUACGCCUUGGCACACUCCCUGCACAAUCUGAUGUCCUGUGAGCCUGGAAAAGGGCCCUUUCAGAAUAACUCCUGUGCAGACAUCACAACUGUGCAGCCCUGGCAGCUGCUGCACUACGUGGCGAGAGUGAACUUCACUACUCACUAUGGAGACAGGGUGUCCUUCGAUGAGAACGGAGAUGCUCUUGCAAUCUAUGAUGUGAUGAACUGGCAGAGGGCCGAUGACGGGGCUGUGAAAACAGUAACAAUCGGUCUGUUUGAUGAAUCAGCUCCUGCUGGACAAGAGCUCACUCUGAAUGAAGACAAGAUCUUCUGGAACUUUGAAUCUGACAGUCCCCCCAGGUCUGUGUGCAGUGAAAGCUGUCAGCCUGGCACCAGGAAGGCAACCAGGAAAGGGGAGCCCCUCUGCUGUUUCGACUGUGUGCCUUGUGCAGAGGGAGAGAUCAGCAACCACACAGAUUCCAUUAUAUGUUUCAAAUGCCCCCAAGAAUAUUGGUCAAACCCAAGCAGAGACCAGUGUGUGCUGAAGGAAAUUGAGUUUCUUUCAUAUGGGGAGACUUUAGGAAUUUCUUUGACAACCGUAUCUGUAUUUGGGGCAUUUAUUUCAGCUUCAGUUUUAGCUGUGUUCAUUUACUACAGGAACACCCCAGUUGUAAGAGCCAACAAUUCUGAACUGAGCUUCCUGCUGCUGCUUUCUCUAAUACUCUGCUUCCUCUGCUCAUUGCUGUUUAUUGGUCAGCCACUACACCUCACCUGUAUGCUGAGACAUGUUGUUUUUGGAAUCAGUUUUGUUUUGUGCAUAUCUUGCAUUCUUGUGAAAACCAUUGUUGUCAUCAUGGCCUUCAGAGCCACACUGCCAGACAAUAAUGUCAUGAAGUGGUUUGGUGCUGCACAACAGAGAGGCACUGUUUUUGUCUUUACUGUCAUCCAGGCUCUGAUCUGUAUCAUAUGGCUGAGUACAGCAUCCCCUGUGCCUUUUAAAAAUACACAGUAUCAAAACUCAAAAAUUAUUUUUGAGUGUAAUGUUGGCUCAAUAACUGGAUUUAGUUUCCUGCUGGGGUACAUAGGCUUGCUCGCCAGUGUCUGUUUUCUGCUGGCUUUCCUUGCAAGGAACCUGCCUGACAACUUCAAUGAAGCCAAGUUCAUCACUUUCAGCAUGCUCAUCUUCUGUGCAGUUUGGAUCGCUUUCAUACCAGCUUAUGUCAGCUCUCCUGGGAAAUAUUCGGAUGCUGUGGAGAUUUUUGCCAUCUUGGCUUCAAGCUUUGGUCUCCUUUUCGCUAUAUUUGCCCCAAAAUGUUACAUCAUUCUUCUUCAUCCAGAGAAAAACACCAAGAAAGCCCUUAUGGGGAGAGCAGCUCCUAAGAACUGA